CUUCCUUUCAUGCGGCGUGGUGAAAUUUUAGCAAAAUGUCGCAUUACAACUUCAAGAAAAUAACCGUCGUACCGACGGCAAAGGACUUUGUGGAUAUAGUCCUUUCCAAGACCCAGAGAAAAACUCCGACAGUUAUCCACAAGAAUUACCAGAUUGGGCGGAUACGACAGUUUUAUUUGAGGAAGAUCAAGUAUACCCAACAAAAUUUCCAUGAUAAACUCACACAAAUUUUGACAGAUUUCCCAAAAUUGGAGGAUAUCCAUCCAUUCUAUGCGGACCUGAUGAAUGUUCUCUACGACAGAGAUCACUACAAGCUUGCUCUUGGACAACUCAACACAGCUCUCCAUCUGAUUGACAAUGUGGCAAAAGAUUACGUAAGACUGAUGAAAUAUGCGGACUCCUUGUACAGAUGCAAACAGCUAAAGAAGGCAGCACUAGGAAGGAUGUGUACAAUUAUGAAACGUCAAGGCCAGAGUUUAUCAUAUUUGGAACAAGUCCGCCAGCAUUUAUCCAGAUUGCCGUCUAUCGAUCCUAAUACGAGGACCCUUCUUAUAUGUGGCUUCCCUAAUGUUGGAAAGUCAAGUUUUAUAAAUAAGAUCACCAGAGCUGAUGUUGAAGUCCAGCCCUAUGCCUUUACAACUAAAUCACUAUUUGUGGGUCAUAUGGAUUACAAGUACCUCCGAUGGCAGGUGGUCGACACUCCUGGGAUUCUUGACCAUAGUCUUGAAGAACGUAACACCAUUGAAAUGCAGGCCAUCACAGCCUUGGCACAUUUACGAGCAGCGAUCUUGUACGUUAUGGAUGUCUCGGAACAAUGCGGUAAUACCCUGGAACAGCAGUUUGCCUUAUUUGAAAAUAUCCGGCCGUUAUUCGCCAAUAAACCUCUGAUCGUUGUCGCGAAUAAAGUAGAUGUGAAACGCAUCGAUGAAUUGGAACCAGAACGACAGAAAAUGUUCGCCGACCUCCAGGAAGAAGGUAUCCAGGUGAUCGAGAUGAGCACAAUGACAGAGGAAGGAGUCAUCAACGUCAAAACAGAGGCCUGUGAUCGUUUACUCGUCCAGAGAGUCGAUGUGAAGAUGAAGGGACGAAAGGUUGGCAACGUGUUGAACCGGCUGCAUGUGGCGACGCCUACGGCUAGAGAUCAGAAGCCUCGCCCACCGUGUAUCCCAGAGGCGGUCCAGCAGAAACGUGAUGCAAUGGAGGUCGACAAACCCAAAAAGAGGCUGGAGCGACACAUCGAGGAGGAGAUGGGGGAUGACUAUGUCUUGGAUCUGCAGAAGGGAUGGGACCUCGCGAACCCAGAGGAGAAAUAUGAUGUCAUACCAGAGAUAUGGCAGGGUCAUAACAUUGCAGAUUUCAUAGAUCCUGAGAUUGAGAAGAAAUUGGAAGAAUUGGAAAAAGAAGAAGGAUUACGAGAACAGGCCGGAUACUAUGAUUCCGAUGAGUCUGAAGAAGAUGAAGAAAUGAAGGAGGUCAGGAAAACUGCAAAAGUAAUCCGAACAAAACGAAAGCUGCGCGUCCUGCAAUCCAAAGAGAAGAGACGGACCCAAGGACCCAGGUUGCCCCGAACAGCCAAAAAGGUGGAGCGUAAUGCCAUCACAACCGAGAUGGGAGCAAUGGGAGUCGAUAUUGAACAUCCUGAUGAGGCAAACUUCUCAAAGUCACGAGGUCGAAGUGGUAGUCGCAAGCCACUGAAACGAAAGUCGGAGAGAUCAGAAUCACGGGCGAGGAGUUCAUCAAGAACACCAAGAGACAAAUCGGGAGUCCGGGACGAACCAAUGGCGAAGAAAGUGCGUAAGCUCCACAAGCUCGGACAGCGGCAGAUGAACCGUUAUGCAAGAGCCGGUGAGGCAGAUCGACACAUUGCAGAAAAGAAGCCGAAACAUCUGUUCUCAGGAAAACGGGGUUUGGGCAAGACAGAUCGGCGAUAGUGACAUUGUUUGUUGUUAACUGACUGGACUUGAAGGUUCUCCUGUGCUCCUUGCAAUUUGCAUUGGAACCAUGGAACAUCUUUGUCUUACUAUAAGGGAAAGACACUUUUAUCCAUGGGGAAAAUUAUAUUAAUGGUUUAUUUAAUAACGCUGUAUAAGGUACAUUGGGAAUGAAAAGAAACUGCACAAAAAAACUGUAAAAUAUGAUAAAAUAAGAAAAAGCUAUUUGAUCAUCACGCCAAA